AGAGGGCCCCUGGAGGGAGCCGCGGAGGUUCAGGUCCCGGAGGCCGGGCUACGCCGAGCCUUGCGCGUGAACAGCUGCGGCGGGGGCAGCCUCCAGCGGCGGUGCCAGCAUCCAGCGGCGGUGCCAGCAGUUCCAGCCCGUUGCUUUACUUCUUAGCUUCACCAACGUAGUCAUUAUGCCGAAGAGAAAGUCUCCAGAGAAUCCAGAGGGCAAGGAUGGAUCCAAAGUAACUAAACAGGAGCCCACCAGACGGUCUGCCAGGUUGUCAGCGAAACCUGCUCCCCCAAAACCUGAACCUAAACCAAGAAAAACAUCUGCUAAGAAAGAACUGGCAACAAAGGUUAACAAAGGUGCUAAAGGGAAGGAGGAGGAAAAGCAAGAAGCUGGAAAGGAAGGUACUGCACCAUCUGAAAACGGUGACACUAAAGCUGAAGAGGCACAGAAAACUGAAUCUGUAAACGAGGGAGAAUGAAUUGUCAUGAAAAUUGGGGGUGAUUUUAUGUACCUCUUGGGACAACUUUUAAAAGCUAUUUUUACCGAGUAUUUUGUAAAUGCUAAUUUUUUAGGACUCUACUAGUUGGCAUACAAAAAUAUAUAAGGAUGGACAUUUUACCUUCUCGUAGUCAUGCUUUUUGGAAAUUCCUGUCAUCCUUGAGUAAAAUAAAUACCAGUUUAAUAUUGGAAGCUGUCUGUAAAAUUGAUUCAGCGUUCCAUGCACUUGCUUUAAAAAUUUAGUCCUGUGCAUACUGUGGAGUUUUUACUGUGCGUAUUUGAAUUUUUUCAUGCAGUUUUUCUAGAGCAAUAAUCAGUGGUGCUUUUGUACCUAAGUUUUAUGUGAUUUUAAUGAAACAUGGAUAGUUGUGGCCACCUGCUGACUAUUUGUGGUUUAAAAUAAAAGGUUUUCC